AUGCACGUGUAUAGCCUCUUGUUCACCGCCGCGUACCUCAUCAACGCGGCGACCUACUCUGCCCAGAGCUUGAAGGGCUCCCUCAGUUACUCCAAUGUGAAGACGACGAAGACCAAAGAGCAUGAGUCAAAUGUGUACGAAGGUCGCGAUGAGCGCGGGGAUGCAGUUUUUGAGAAUUACAAACACUUAUUCCCGCUGUUGCAUGCAAAGGCCAAGUCGAUGGCAGACAAGGUAGCCAUCACCGAGCUAGAAAAUUGCGAAGUAAAAAGAGAAACCACCUUUGGACAAUUAUUCGAUAAGGCUAUAAGUUUAAGUUACUAUUUAAAAAGCAAGGAUGGAGGGGUACCGAUGAAAAGGUACGCCGAAAAAUGCAACCAAGGGCAAUUCAAAAUUUUGGGGAUCUAUGGAUCCAACUCUGCCAACUGGUUGGUAGCUGAUUUAGCAUCCAUGGUUAGCGGAAUCACAUCCCUAGUGAUGCACUCCAAGUUUAGCAUAGAUGAAGUGUGCGAAAUAUUGAACGAAAGUAAAUUGGAGUGGCUAUGUAUCGAUCUCAACUUGGUCGAUGGGCUACUCGAGAAGAAGGAUAAAUUGCCCUAUUUAAAAAAAUUGUUCAUACUGGACACUCUAAGUGAUAGCACAAAUGCAGAAAAGAGAGUGAAUCGCCCGGGGAACCCCCCAGAAACGAAGGAACAGAAGGAAAAACGAGAAAAAUCGGAGAAGUUGGAGAAGGAAAAUCUAGAACUGUUUCAAAAAAUGAAAACCAAAGCACAAGGACUAGGAAUAAGCAUGUACGAGUUAAACGACUUUACAAAGGAUAAGUUUCCCAACUAUGAGGUAUUAAAACAACAUGACCCUGAACACAUAUCAACAAUUGUGUAUACGUCAGGCACUUCGGGAAAGCCAAAGGGAGUGAUGAUAAGUAAUAGAGCCCUGUACUACGGUGUUGUGCCAGUGAGCAAAUGGAGUAUCUUCCUAAAGUUAGAUCCAAGACACCAUUUCUCCUAUCUACCCCUUUCUCACAUAUAUGAACGAUCCAUAGCAUACAUAAGUUUUUAUCGAGGAAUGCAAAUAAGAAUAUGGAGUAAAGACAUUUCACUUUUUUCACAAGACCUUGCUAAGUGUGGUGCGAACAUCGUUGUAGGUGUACCUAAGGUAUUCAAUAGAUUAUACACAACCAUAUUAGCUGAGAUUGCAAAGUUAACUCCACUUAAACGAUUCAUGUACAAAGUAAUCACAUGGGAAAAUUACAACGCUAAAGGGAACCCACCAAAAGGAGAACUACUCCUAAAGGGGAAACAAUUAUUUAGUGGCUAUUUCCUUCGUCCAGAACAAACAAAAAAUGCAUUUACAGAUGAUCAAUUUUACAAAACAGGAGAUGUUGUACAGAUAAAUAAAGAUGGAUCUAUCACCUUUCUUGAUAGAUCCAAAGGAUUAGUGAAGUUAUCACAAGGAGAGUACAUCGAGACGGAGAUGCUAAACAAUUUAUACUCAGAAAUAGAUUUUGUUAACCAUUGUGUUGUGUAUGGUGAUGACGCCAUGGAUGGACCACUCGCCAUUAUUAAUGUGGAUAAGGACUUAUUAGCAAAAGGUUUGGAGAGAGAUGGUAUCCUAAAAAAACAAGGCAUAAGCGCUGCUGAUUUCUUGAAGGAUCUGAAGGACGAUAAACUCAACACCGAGGACUAUCUCAAAUACGUCCGAGAAAAAAUGUUAGACAUGUACAAGACAACAAAUUUGAAUAGAUACAACAUCGUAAAUGAUAUUUACCUCACUUGUAAAGUCUGGGAUACCUCCAACUAUCUCACUCCUACUAUGAAGGUCCGAAGCUUCAACGUCUUUAAGGACUUUAAACCCUUCAUUGAGAAAACCAAAAAGAGUUACCAGAAUAAGAUGAAGCCCGCGGAUGACAAGAAAUCAAAGGAUGACAAGAAAUCCAAGAAUGGCAAGAAGCCCGCGGAUGCCAAGAAACCCGCGGAUGCGAACAAACCGGCUGAAGCGAACAAACCGGCGGGUGCGAACAAACCGGCUGAUGCGAACACACCGGCUGAUGCGAACCAACCUGCCGAUGCGAACCAACCGGCCGAUGCGAACCAACCGGCUGAAGCGAACCAACCGGCUGAAGCGAACCAACCGGCUGAAGCGAACCAACCGGCUGAAGCGAACCAACCGGCUGAAGCGAACCAACCAGCCGAUGCGAACACACCUCAAGAUGAGAAGAAGCCCGCGGAUGUGAAGAAGCCCGCGAAUGAGAAGAAACCCGCGGAUGUGAAGAAGCCCGCGAAUGAGAAGAAACCCGCGGAUGUGAAGAAGCCCGCGAAUGAGAAGAAACCCGCGGAUGUGAAGAAGCCCGCGAAUGAGAAGAAACCCGCGAAUGUGAAGAAACCCAAGAAUGAGACAAAAACCAAGAAUAAGUAG